UGCUUGGCGAUCGAGCUAUACAACUCGAUUCGAUUCAAUUCAAUUCAAUCCGCGAUCGUGCCGCGCGACUCCUCAGCUCGCCGUUCGCUUCAAUCGCUUUCUCUGGCAUGUAACACCUUUGGGAAGGGGGGGCGCAUCUCACAAGAAGUUGCCGCAUCGUAAGCACCUGCUCAGGCUGGGAGAUCGAUUAAAAUGCGUCGAUCAAGACGCGCUGAGGAUGAUGGGCGGGAGGAGGAGGAUGAUCUGCCCGCGGGCGUACACAGAACGCCAGCGCCGUGGACUUUGCAAGCCGAAUCGUGGAUCUUUCCUCACUGGACCAGCACGCGACGCAUCGCGGACGUGCGACGUGAGAGCAAGGUGCUGCUGGCUCAAAGGCAGGAGGAGGAGGAUGCUGCUGCUGGUGCGGCCAGCAGCAGCAGAGACGAGCAAUUGGCCAAAGCUGGACUUUCACCAGGCUCCUUUCAUCCGCUCGAAAAGCUUCAUCCUUUGGCUCUAGCUUUGGCAUCAUCAGGUGCUGCUGAAGAAGCGCAUUCGAAUGAGCAGCAGACGCAGACCGAGGCGAACAAUGCCAAGAUACGCGCCGCCGCCGACGAGUUUAGAGGAGGACCGGGGGGAUGGAUACUUUAUCGAUACACGCAUUCGCCCGUGGGCCCUUAUGAUGAGCUCAUAUACGUCGCUGGACUCUUCAAGAGUCCCAGUGCUGGCAAUACGGCAUUGCGCAUCACCAACAUCUACGUCUCCAGCACCGCAUCCGUCUACAAUGGUCGCAAAAAUUGGAACAUACCCAAACAUCGAGCGCUGUUCGAAUGGUCGCAACCUGCUGCUCGCACCUCUUCAGCAGCAGUGCAAACCGUCAGGGUGUACCUGCCCGUCGGGGGAACGCAACAGCAGCAGCAGCAGCAGAGCAAAGGCAAAGAGAUUUUCGCUGCCAGACUCUUUCCUCAUCUUUCGAGCAGCUGCUGCAACUGGCUGCCAAGCUUGCCCAUUCCCGCCUUUACCGCGCACAUUCCCUCAUGGCUCAAUUUGAAGCUUUGCGCACCGCCUCUGCUCGAUUGCACCACCACCACCGACAGCGUUGGCGGCGGCAGCGGCAGCGGCGGCUCAAAGAGCAGCAGCAGCAGCAGCAGCAGCAAGGGCGAGAUGCAAAGAGACGAUGAGGCGCAAGAAGAAGGUCUCGCCUCUUCGGAACCGGAAAACGUUUGGAGGAGCGUCUCGCCCACUUUUGCAGGGUGGGCCAGACCAGCUCGUGCGGAAGCUAUUCUACUCGUGAGUUGGGGAGGGGGAGGCGCGGCGCGUCCGCUUCAACCCUCCGCAAUGUUCUCGCGAACCCCCACUUUCCCCGCAAGCCAGGACAUGGUGGGAGCUGGAGGCGAAUGAGAAGGAAAGAAAGAAAGAAUGGCGGGCGGGGCGCAGGCAGCGGCAGCGUGAUUUCGCACUUGCUGACUCUUUCAAAGGGCUGCUCCCUCCCCUUCCUCCACCACCCAAACACCCAAACACGCACACACACACACACACACACACACACACACACCCCUCAUGCUCCCUCUCCCGCCCGCGCCUUUGGCACCCCGCCCCUGUCCCGCGGUACAAAGUCUGACAAGGAGGGAAAAGCAGCGGCAAGCUACGGCGAUGGAGUGUAUUUUCCCAAGUUGGAACAAAGCUGGGGAUGGGGCGUGCAU